UGUACGAAGCAAAAAUGUAGAAUAAAUAUUAUUCUUUAUGAUUUUCUAGCAAUAGUUAUAUCAACUACAAUAAAUUGCACGUGGCUCGAAUAUUUUUUAUUAAUUAUUACUAAAAAACUCUAAUCGAUCAUAAAUAGAAGAGUUUAUAUGUAGUAACUAAGUAACUAUACGAAAAACUAAUAUGUGUUUAUAAACACAACACAAUUAAUAUUUUGUUUUGUUGUAAAUAUAUUAUAUUGUAACAAUAAUUAUCCAAUAUAAUAAUCAUUACAAUAGCAACAUUUUAGUGAAUUGAAUUUAAUAACUCAAAAAUGAAUAAUUUAACUGGUUUUCCAGUGAAGAAACAGUACUCGUGUGACCUUUGUAAUAAAUUCUUUACGUAUAGAUGCAGCUUGACUAUACACCACCGGACACAUAAGAAGAAGAAACUUUGCUUGUGUGAUGUCUGCGACAAGUCGUUUGCUAAAAUGUGUACAUUGACGAGUCAUCGAAGUACCCUCACGGAUGAGAUACCAUACAUAUGCAAUGUAUGCAACAUGUCGUUCAGUGAAAGUGACAUGUUAAUGCAACAUCAACGUACCCACACUAGAGAGAAACCACAUGCGUGCGAAGUAUGUGACAAGUCAUUUGUUAAAAUGUGUACAUUGAUGAGUCAUCAACGGACCCACACGGGUGAGAAACCAUACAUAUACGAUGUAUGCGAUAAAUCAUUCAGUCAAAAUGGCUCAUUGACGAGUCAUCGACGGACCCACACAGGAGAGAAACCAUUUGCGUGCGAUAUAUGUGAUAAGACGUUUGCUGAAAGUAGUUCAUUGACGCGUCAUCGACGGACUCACACAGGAGAGAAACCAUACAACUGCGAUGUAUGCGAUAAAUCAUUCAGUGAAAGUGGGACAUUAACGAGUCAUCGUCGGACCCACACAGGUGAGAAACCAUACAACUGCGAUGUAUGUGAUAAAUCAUUCAGUAAAAGUGGGACAUUGACGAGUCAUCGACGGACCCACACGGGCGAGAAACCAUACGCGUGCGAUGUAUGCGACAUGUCUUUCAGUCAAAGUUGCAAUUUGACAACACAUCGACGAACCCACACGGGUGAGAAACCAUACAACUGCGAUGUAUGUGAUAAAUCAUUCAGUAAAAGUGGCAAUUUGACGAGUCAUCGACGGACCCACACGGGUGAUAAACCAUACAUAUGCGAUGUUUGCGAAAAAUCAUUUGCUAAAAUGUGUAUAUUGAAAACACAUCGUCGGACCCACACGGGCGAGAAACCAUACGCGUGCGAUGUAUGCGACAUGUCUUUCAGUCAAAGUUGCAAUUUGACAACACAUCGACGGACCCACACAGGCGAGAAACCAUACAUAUGUGAUGUAUGCGUGAAAUCAUUCAGUGAAAGUGGCACAUUGAAGAAACAUCGACGUACCCACACAGGAGAGAAACCAUACGCGUGUGAUGUAUGCGACAUGUCUUUCAGCCAAAGUGGCUCAUUGACGAGUCAUCGACGGACCCACACAGGAGAGAAACCAUUUGCUUGCGAUAUAUGUGACAAGUCGUUUGCUGAAAGUAGUUCACUGACGAGUCAUCGACGAACCCACACAGGAGAGAUACCAUUUGCAUGCGAUAUAUGUCACAAGUCGUUUGCUGUAAGUAAUUCAUUGACGAGUCAUCGACAGACCCACACGGGCGAGAAACCAUUAGCAUGCGAUGUAUGCGACAUGUCUUUCAGUCAAAGUUGCAAUUUGACAACACAUCGACGAACCCACACGGGUGAUAAACCAUACAUAUGCGAUGUUUGCGAAAAAUCAUUUGCUAAAAUGUGUACAUUGAAAACACAUCGUCGGACCCACACGGGCGAGAAACCAUACGCGUGCGAUGUAUGUGAUAAGUCAUUCAGUAAAAGUUGCAAUUUGACAACACAUCAACGGACCCACACAGGAGAAUUCUGACUUCUGAGAUUUUAUACCGGAUAAGAACAUUUCUAAUUUUUCCUAACUAAUUUUUGAACCAGCUUUAGUGUUAAUUGCAGUGUUUGUAUUUAAAGAAAUAUAAUUUAUAGUUUUUGUAAUCUAUUCUAACCUAACCGUCUUUGCUAAGAAUAACUGGAUUUCGUAUACAAUGAUUUAAUAUUAUUCUAAACUUUAUAAUGUACCUCUUUUUGCACUUAACUCAUAUAGCUUCAGUAGUGUAAGUAUCUAUUUAUUUUUCUAUAAAUUAUAUUAAUAAUUUUUUUUCCAAUAAUGUUUUAAAUACGCUAUCGCCUAUUUUUCCAUUUAAUAAUUUUUUUGUUCAAAAUCUGAUUUUUAUAAUUUUUAAGUACACCUAAAGUAAAGACCAUAUUUUUAAAUUCCCGAAAUGUUUUGUAUUACAAGUAGUGUCCUGUGGUCUUACAAAUUUCCAUUUUUAAAUGAGAAACCCCCUCCUUUACUGUAAGUUACAUAGCUGAUGAUUGUCUUAAACAUUUUGAUGCAUUUAAAUCAAAAUCCUAAGAAGUAGUU